CUGAUAGCGCGUUGGCCACGUCCCCGAGCCACGUCGCUCUUUCCUCGCCAUUUUCCCAUCUUCUACUGCUAGAAUCGUACUAUUCUGCUGUCACCUUGCUGUCCAUCGUUAUCAGUUUGGUUAGAAAUCGUUACCGGAGACCACCGGGCUUCUUUUGAGAGUUUACCAUCGGUUUCCGAGGAAAGGCGCUUCCUCCAGCAUGAACAUUUUCCGGCUAACCGGUGAUCUGUCCCACCUAGCAGCCAUCAUCAUUCUGCUGCUAAAAAUAUGGAAGACCAGGUCUUGUGCCGGUAUUUCUGGGAAGAGCCAGGUGCUGUUUGCUUUGGUGUUCACCACUCGCUACCUGGACCUGCUCACAUCCUUCAUCUCCUUCUACAACACCACCAUGAAGGUCAUCUACAUCGGGUGUGCCUACGCCACUGUUUACCUGAUCUACGUGAAGUUUAAGGCCACGUAUGACGGGAACCACGACACAUUCAGGGUGGAGUUCCUCGUCGUCCCCGUCGGCGGGCUGGCUUUCCUCGUCAACCAUGACUUCUCCCCUCUGGAGAUCCUCUGGACCUUCUCCAUCUACCUGGAGUCGGUGGCCAUCCUCCCCCAGCUCUUCAUGAUCAGCAAAACCGGCGAGGCAGAGACCAUCACCACCCACUACCUGUUCUUCCUGGGACUCUACCGAGCUCUGUACCUCUUCAACUGGAUAUGGAGGUUCUACUUUGAGGGCUUCUUCGAUAUGAUCGCCAUCGUGGCCGGAGUGGUGCAGACCAUCCUCUACUGCGACUUCUUCUACCUUUAUGUGACAAAAGUACUGAAAGGAAAGAAGCUGAGUCUGCCAGCCUGAGUGCCAGAGACAAGUGUUAGAGCAGACUCUCACAGGAGUCUGAGGGGAGGACGAACAGCCGCGGACGGCUCUGAAACAAACCCGCCGCCGUUUCCUCGUCUUCCCCUCCAUCCAGUGCAAGAUGCCUGAGACAGAGCAGGAGCCGCCUCCGUCGCCGCGCCUCCACCUGAUCCGGACUCACCACGAGGCUGCUCUGGAUUUCUGUUUGACGCAUCUUGCCUUAAGGUUUUUUUAUUGCUCUGUAUAAAGGAAGAAAAAAAAGUGCAAAAGGUUUUCUACAUGAAAUGUUUGUUGAAUUCAACAGCAGAAGGUGUAAAUUUGCAGACUUGAUGUGGUGGGAUAAUAUUGAACAUUUGUAAUCGGAAUAAAUGUGUAACGUUUUUCAUGAAGAGGAUUUCUCUGGAUGCUAAUUUCUUUUCAGCUUGUUUUUUUUUUUUAGCGGUGUGUGAAGUUUCCUCACUUAUCUCAAUUUUUUUCCCAAAAAUGUAAGAUUUCUUGUCCAGAUUCUGCCAGCAUUGAUGCCUCAGUCUAUUUUUUUCCAAUGUGGAGUCGAAACACAAAGCACAGCUUUAAUUGAGGCAAAUGAACUGCCUGCACAUUAAACCCCUCAUGGAGCCCCUUUUCCUGUAAUUCCACCACAUUGCCAAGCUCUUUUUUUGUUUUAAAUAUCCACCAUUAAGAUGCUGUUCAUGGCAGAAAGAUUCAGUCUUUUAGAUUCAGGUGUAUUUAUAAUUUUCUUUUCUUUGUUUCUAAUAAACUGAGUCCAUGGAGCAGCCUCUGUGUUGUGAAUGAUUGUUAUCCUGUUGAAGGGAAGCAGCACAAUCAUUCAUUUGCUGUAGACUUUUCAGCCUUUUUGAAUGAGUUUUUUUGCAUGAUCUUGGCACUACAAAUAAAAACAUAUUGGAUAACA